UGUACGCUCGGGCACGGGGCCAGCGCCAUUCACACUUUCCCCUGUUCUGCAGCAGACAGACCAAGUUCCUCUAAUCCUUGUGUUUCUUCUCCUCCACCUCUCUAAACCUUUCUCAGAGGGAGAAACAGCUAUAGCUUGGGGGAUAAUAUAGCUUUAAGGAAACUUUUGGCAGAUGCAGAUGUCCUAACAUCUGGGCAGUGUUAACAGAAUCCCGGAGGCCCGGACAGACCAGGAGCCACUCGUUCUAGGAAUGUUAAAGUAGAAGUUUUUUCAACUGAUGAGAGAAGCAGAGAGGAAGGAGAAAGAGAACGAGGAGAGAAAAAAGAAAGCACCUAAGACUAUAAAACAGAUCCUACAUUUCUGCUUCCUCUCACUUUUGGAAGUUCAUUGAUGGCUGAUUUUUGAAAGUUAUUUUCUUUUGCCCUGAUACUUCUGGUCACCUACCCAUAUUCUUGUCUCCUUAACACCCACCUCCCCUUUAAGGAUGUCUGGUCAACUAACUCAAAGAGGAGCUCUCUCUCUGCUGCUCUUCCUCGCUCCAGUAGUGACACCAACAUGGUAUGCAGGUUCAGGCUACUACCCAGAUGAAAGCUACAAUGAAAUAUAUGCUGAAGAAGUCCCACAGGCCCCUGCCCUAAACUACCGAGUCCCCCGAUGGUGUUACACAUUAAAUAUCCAGGAUGGAGAAGCCACAUGCUACUCACCAAGGGGAGGAAAUUAUCACAGCAGCCUGGGCACUCGUUGUUUGAUCUCCUGUGACCGGGGCUUUCGACUGAUUGGACAAAGGUCGAUGCAAUGCUUGCCAAGCCGCCGUUGGUCUGGAACUGCCUACUGCAGGCAGAUGAGAUGCCAUGCAUUGCCAUUCAUCACGAGCGGCACUUACACCUGCACAAAUGGGGUGCUUCUUGACUCCCGCUGUGACUACAGUUGUUCCAGUGGCUACCACCUGGAAGGUGACCGCAGCAGAAUCUGCAUGGAAGACGGGCGAUGGAGUGGAGGCGAGCCUGUUUGUGUAGACAUAGAUCCCCCCAAGAUCCGUUGUCCCCACUCACGUGAGAAGAUGGCAGAGCCGGAGAAACUGACUGCUCGAGUAUACUGGGACCCACCUUUGGUGAAAGAUUCUGCUGAUGGUACCAUCACCAGGGUGACACUUCGGGGCCUUGAGCCUGGCUCUCACUUUCCUGAAGGAGAGCAUGUGAUUCGUUACACUGCCUAUGACCGAGCCUACAACCGGGCCAGCUGCAAGUUCAUUGUGAAAGUACAAGUAAGACGCUGCCCAACUCUGAAACCACCACAGCAUGGCUACCUCACCUGUACCUCAGCGGGGGACAACUAUGGUGCCACCUGUGAGUACCACUGUGAUGGAGGUUACGAGCGCCAAGGGACUCCCUCCCGGGUCUGUCAGUCCAGCCGCCAGUGGUCAGGAUCACCACCCAUCUGUGCUCCUAUGAAGAUUAAUGUCAAUGUCAACUCGGCUGCUGGCCUUCUGGAUCAGUUCUAUGAGAAACAGCGCCUCCUCAUCAUCUCAGCUCCUGAUCCCUCCAACCGAUAUUACAAAAUGCAGAUCUCUAUGCUACAGCAAUCUACCUGUGGACUAGAGCUGCGGCAUGUGACCAUUAUUGAGCUGGUGGGGCAGCCACCUCAGGAGGUGGGGCGCAUCCGGGAGCAACAACUGUCAGCCAACAUCAUCGAGGAGCUCAGGCAAUUUCAGCACAUCACUCGCUCCUACUUCAACAUGGUGUUGAUUGACAAGCAGGGAAUCGACAGGGAACGCUACAUGGAACCUGUCACGCCCGAGGAAAUCUUCACAUUCAUUGAUGACUACCUACUGAGCAACCAAGAGCUGACCCAGCGCCGGGAGCAAAGGGACGUAUGCGAGUGAACUUGAGCCAGGGCAUGGUUGAGGUCAAGGGGAAAGUUCCCCUAGUUGGCUGAAACUGGGACCUAAUCAAAGGAGGAAGUGGUUUCCCACGGUUCGAGGGAUAGGACUCUGAGAUGGGUGAGGUUCUCCAAUCCUGGGACAUUUUCAGGCACCAUUUUAGGGCUCUGUAAUAGUUUCCCUAAGCAUGUCUCUGCUUUAGGUAGCACUGGAGGAGCAUCAGAAGCUAGAUAGGGACUGAGGACAGGUCCUGGGCAGUGGGUUGGGGCAGCAGAAGGUCUUCCUUCCCUAACCUGGGCCUCUGCUCAGCUCUCCAAAGUCUUCCAGAUAAGUAAAUCCUAAAUUCAUUCACUAACUGGCUGUUUUAAAUGGUUCCUCUACCGUGAGGUGACAGCAGAGGGCAGCACCUUCACAACUGACAAUAAGGACAUUUCAGCAAAUGUACCUGGAUUUUUCUCAUAGGUUAACUAUCAUUGGAGGUGUCAUGAUCCUAAUACACAUGUACCUCUUUUAAAACCAAGAACUGAGGGGACCCAUUAUAGGUCUGAAGCCUACUGAGGCCAAUGGCAGGCAUGGACUUUCCUUAAGGAGAUCUAGUACUUCCCUUCUGGGAAGUCCUCUUUGCCUCAUCUGUAUUAAGGUACACUGGCCUUGGGGUGGCAGAGAAGUCAUCUAUCAUUUGAUGUUUAUCAUGUGGAAACCCACUGUUAAAAAAAAGAAACAGGCCAAAAUGGAGUCACUUUUGCUAAGUCAUGUUACCAAACCAAAACUUAGUAACUAAACUAAUUGCAGUUUCAGCCUCUCCCAGGAGUGGAAUUUUAAAGCAAUCAGUCUGAAAUUUCCUGAGCAAUACUAGUAAGGUAAUCUGCAUGAUCAAACCCCUGCCAUGCCCUUCCUUCUAAAAGCAAUCCUUUCUUUUGUAAUAACUCCCCUGCCACAUCCUUUUGCCUAUAAAAACUUUUCAUUUUGUACAAUUCAUGAAUUGCUUAAUAAAGCCAACAAGAUCUUCAAAA